GCGUGGGGUGGGGGCGCUCCUCCUACUGCAGGCAUGUCCCACGCACACACCACUAGUAAAACACACGAAAGCAGGAAGGAUCCAGCACGAGUCAUUUUUUAGUCGUAAACAUUGCAUGAAGUUGAUGAAGUUUAUGGAUGUAGACGGAGAAUGAUCGCUGUAUGCUUCACGACAGGAUUCACGACGUUCAUUAUAUCUUCCAGCUCUUCUCUUUUUGACGCUUUGUGAAGGUCAGUGAUGAUGCCUAUUUUCUUCAGGCCUGUAAUGUUAUGCUUAAGAUGUAAGAUGUUUCUGCUGUUGGUGGUCAUGUUGGUUUCACCUGCUGGCUGUAUGAAAGAUAAAGGCAGCACUGGUGAUGUUGAGUGUGUGUGCGAGGGGUUAUCAUGCGAUGAUGUCCAGCAUUGUUUGGGCUUGCAGUGUUUCUCCUCCCUGUCUUUUGAGAACGGGACAGCCCUUCAGCAGAAAGGAUGCAUUGUGGGUAGUGAAGAAGUGGCAGUGCGCUGCAAAAACUCCCAGACUGUGGACAUGCUGAUGCACUGUUGCAAGGAAACAUUGUGCAAUAUGAAUGUUACCAUGGAGAUGCCAAGUACAGAUGAGGAGUUAAGGGUAGCACCUACAGAGCAUGAAUGUGUGUGUGAGGGUCGAUCAUGUGCAGCAGGGGACCGCUGUAAGGGUCAGCAGUGUUUCUCUUCCUUGACACUGAGUGAUGGGACACCAGUGUCACAGAAGGGCUGUUUUAAGGUGUAUGAGCAGGGAAGGAUGACCUGUAAAACACCUCCGUCCCCUGACCAGAUAGUGGAGUGCUGUCAGGCUCAUCUGUGCAACAUGAACCUCACUGUGAGACUUCCUGUACGAGUGUUGGAGGCCCCCAACUAUAGUGUGACAACGCUGACCAUUGUGAUUGUGGCUCCAGUCUUCGUUCUGAUAUUCCUGUCUGGUGUAGCUAUCCUGAUCUUCCGUUGUAUUCACCAUCACCAGAUGGAGCAUCUGACUGCUCAUGAUGCAGAGUAUGGCCCCAUCGAUGGUCUGAUUGCAUCUAAUGUGGGAGAGAGCACACUCGCGGAUCUGUUGGAUCAUUCCUGUACAUCUGGUAGUGGCUCUGGUCUACCUUUCCUGGUUCAGAGAACAGUAGCCAGACAGAUCGCUCUCAGCGAGUGUGUUGGUAAAGGUCGAUAUGGAGAGGUUUGGAGAGGUCAGUGGCAGGGAGAAAGUGUUGCUGUUAAAAUAUUCUCAUCCCGAGAUGAGAAAUCCUGGUUCAGAGAGACCGAAAUCUACAACACUGUCCUGCUUCGACACGAUAACAUUCUGGGCUUUAUUGCAUCUGAUAUGACAUCGCGUAACUCCAGCACUCAAUUAUGGCUAAUCACACAUUUUCAUGAGAUGGGCUCUCUCUAUGAUUACCUGCAACUCAGCAUGCUGGAUGCUUCUGCCUGUUUGCGAAUGGCACUCUCGAUUGCCAGUGGCCUGGCCCAUCUGCACGUGGAGAUAUUUGGCACACAGGGCAAACCAGCCAUUGCUCACAGAGACCUAAAAAGCAAAAAUAUUUUAGUGAACAAAAACGGCCAGUGCUGCAUUGCAGACCUUGGUCUCGCCGUGAUGCAUUUUCAGGACACAAAUGAGCUGGACGUAGGGAAUAAUCCUAAAGUUGGGACCAAGCGCUACAUGGCCCCUGAGGUUCUGGAUGACUCCAUUCAGACAGAUUGCUUUGAGUCUUACAAACGAGUCGAUAUCUGGGCCUUUGGACUUGUGCUGUGGGAAAUUGCUAGAAGAACAGUUAGUAAUGGUAUUGUUGAAGAUUACAAGCCCCCAUUCCAUGACGUAGUGCCGAGUGACCCAAGCUUUGAGGACAUGAAGAAAGUGAUCUGCAUAGACCAACAGAGACCAAAUAUCCCAAACAGAUGGUUCUCAGACCCGACUUUAACAUCAAUCGUUAAACUUAUGAAGGAAUGCUGGUACCAGAACCCAUCAGCCAGACUUACAGCAUUACGCAUCAAAAAGACUCUGACAAAAAAUUCUUUGGACAAAAUCAAAGCGGACAUAUGAACUACUGCCUUAUGGGAGACCUUAAAAGCCUUUUUACUGCGCCCAGUUGAUGUCUCAUCUGGCAAACCAACCAGGAAAAAAAAGGCCUUGUAGAGGCACAUCAUAUUUAUUUUGAACUUAAAGUGGGUCAUAUUUGGCAUCCAAAAGACUGAAAGACUGCAGACUGCUUUUCAUAUGGGAGUUAUUUCUUUUAGCAGAUAGGAUUUUUGAAAAAUCACGUUCUGUCACAUUACAACACCUGGGCAUUUGAAGAAACUGCUUUAGAGUUAGUUCACUCAAAAGUUGACAAACUUACAAAUCAGACAGUUCUAGUUCAUAAUACAGCAACACUGCUGCAGCCCUACAAAUGAUUUGACUGCAACCCUACAAAGAAAAGAGAAAUAGCUUUUUUCAUUCUGGCUCUCUAUCACUGUCAUUUAUAGUGUAAGUAGACCAUAAACACAAUACUCAAUCAGUCUGUCAUGAACAAAUGAAGAGUGUUAAGGUUGCACCUCAGUCUUUAUCUUGAUCCACCCUCUGUUGUCCAAUGUGUUAAAUCUGAAAAGUUUUGUAUCACUGCACAUUUAGCAUUAUCUAUUUGUUUUUUUGUUUGUUUCAUAUUGUCUGUAAAUAAAGAUGCUUAAGGAGUAAAACAACUUAAAUAAACCUACAAGAUCCCGAAUUCAAGAAACA